GGUGGCUGUUUUGCUAAAGGGCAAAGCUAACCCUCCACUGUUUAGCCUGCUUCUCCACCUCGAGAUUUUAGCAAUUUACCCAACACGAGUGUGUGGGAUUGAUGUAGCAGAACGCAGAGGAUAUGCUCUCAUUGAAUUAAAACACACGCCUCACAAAGCAACGCUGCUCCACUGGGCAGGGCAGCCCCGCAGCCAUGUCAGGAGUAAAAAGGAAAAUAGAAGGCAACGAUCCUGAUUAUGAAGACAUUUCCCUGGUCCAGAAUAGUAAGAGAAACAAAGCGGUCGAACAUAAUGCCCGAGAAGCAGCAGUGCAGAAGAUUGAGACCAUCAUCAGAGAGCAGUUCUCUUUGGAGAUGAAGAGCAAAGAGCACGAGAUAGAUGUGAUAAGUCAGCGACUCAAUGCAGCCAGGAGGAUGAUGGACAAGCUUAGGGCAUGCAUAGUUGCAAAUUACUAUGCCAAUGCUGGGAUGACAAAGCUCCCAGAGCAUGCCUCCAAGAGUGACCCCGCAGUGCUGAACCAUCCAGCCAUCCGGCGGUACCUGGAGUCGCCUUCCCGCUCCUCUUCCCCUCUCAACCAGGGCUCUGAGACUCCUUCUCUGGCCCACUCGGAGUCCGAGUCCCUCUCUCAACAAGGAGAAGGAUCUGAGAGGGAUGUAGAGGGAGCAUGGAGAGAGGAUAGCAGCAGGCAGGAGCGCAGGCCUGGACGUAAUACAGGCAAAGACACUUUUGGUGUGCCAUCAUCUGUAGGAGCAGAGCAGAGGGUUACCUACCACACUACAGGAGACGAAGCCUCUAGACUGUACGCAAAGAAGACAAUCGUAGUCGGGAAUGUGUCCAAGUACAUUCCCCCUGACAAGCGGGAAGAGAAUGACCAGUCUACCCACAAGUGGAUGGUGUAUGUCAGAGGCUCCAGGAGGGAACCCAGCAUAGACCACUUUGUAAAGAAAGUCUGGUUCUUCUUGCAUCCCAGCUACAAACCCAAUGACUUAGUGGAAGUCAGUGAGCCUCACUUUCAUUUAACACGUCGCGGUUGGGGUGAGUUUCCUGUGAGGAUCCAGAUCCACUUCAAAGACCCUCGCAACAAACGCAUCGACAUCAUCCAUCAACUAAAGUUGGACAGAACAUACACCGGGCUGCAGACACUAGGGGCAGAAACUGUGGUGGAUGUGGAGCUCCAUAGGAACUCUCUCGGGGACGACUACAUCCCCCAGUCCACUUCCUCCAAGGUGACUCACAGAGCUGCCAGCCCCAUGUCGGCCUCCUCACUGGCCCAAAGUUAUGGACGCUCCAGUUCGCCCGUGUCACAUGAUCCCAGCAUAGACAAAGGUUUCAUCAAAACAGAGAUGGGGAAACAUGCGGGAGGUCAUAGCUCAGGCCUUGCCGCCGGUGAGCGCACCCCAACCCGACCCAAAGCCGGUGACAGGAUCACCCUGGGUUCCCAUGUCAAUUCCGCCUUCCAGCCUAUCACAGCAAGCUGUAAGAUCAUCCCACAAGGACAGCCACCUAGUCCUGCUGAGUCUCCUGGGAAAUCAUUCCAGCCAAUCACCAUGAGCUGCAAAAUAGUUUCAGGAUCUCCAAUCUCCACCCCAAGCCACUCCCCACUGCCUCGCACACCCACCACCUCCACCCCUGUCCACAGCAAGCAGAACUCUUCUUCGGUGCUCAACAACCCUUAUAUCAUUGUUGACAAGCCAGGCCAGGUGAUCGGCAUGGCUUCCUCGUCCUCCGCCUCCACAGGAAGCCCCUCAGCCAAACAAUCUGUGGCUCAAGGCCCUCGCUCUCCAGCCCCUAAAGUUCACACCGGCACCUUCCUCUCCUCAGGGAUGAAGGUUAUUAUCAAGCAAGAACCAGGGGAAGUUUCAACACAGCAGCAGCAGCAGCCGCAGCCACAGCAAAUGGUUUCCACAGUUACCAGCCAGCAGCAACCUGCCGCUACAGCAGCACACCAGUUUGUCGCAGUGAAGGGAGGUCACAUGAUCUCUGUGUCAGCCCAGAAACAGGCAGGAGGGGCAACAGGGGCCACAUCUAGCAAGAUGUUAGGUAUUCCUGUUAGCUCCACUCUUCAGUCCGCAGUCAAACAGGUGGCUAUCAGCAGUGGACAGAUUCUGGUCGCCAAGGGCAACCCCUCUGUCUCCAAGGUGAUGGGCGGGAAGCAAGUUUUGGCUCAGGGAGUCGCUAAAGCCAUCGUGAGUGGAGCCAGUGCCAACACUGGUCAGCAGGCUGCCGCCAAGGCGGCUGGUGGUUCGGGUGGCAAAAGUGGAGUGAUGGCUACUCUUCAGCUACCUGCCAACAACCUGGCCAAUCUGGCCAAUUUGCCUCCAGGCACCAAACUCUACUUGACUACUAACAGUAAGAACCCAUCAGGGAAAGGAAAGCUGCUUCUCAUCCCACAGGGAGCGAUCCUCCGAGCCUCCAGUGCAAGUCAGCAGUCCCAGAGCAGCUCGUCAGCAGGCGCUGGGGCCUCUCAGACUUCCUCCUCCUCUUCCUCCUCCAGCAGUCUGCCUUCCAACCUCUCCUACACGUCCUACAUCCUAAAACAGACCCCACAGGGUACAUUUCUGGUUGGUCAGCCGGCGCAGGGUUCAGGGAAGCAGGGAGCUUCCGGUUCGACUGGUCACACAGCACCAUCUCCAGCAACUAUUUCCCAGCAGGCCAUCCGGGUAACUGCUGGACAGAAGGCAGCCAUUCUGGCUCAGGUGGUAGGCAGCUCCCAGGGGGCUCAGGUGAAGUUGUCAGAUGGCUCCGUUAAGACGGUAUCAGCAGCGGCCACGGGUCAUUUGUCCAAGCCGGGGACAACCACAUUGAGGAUGACAGGCGGAGUCAUCACUGCUGCUAGCUCCACCCCCAGCUCUGUCAGUGCCGGAGCAGCUGGCAGCCUCCAACAGGCUGCUGAAGGGGGGAAGUCUGCCUCUCAGCACCACUCACUCCUGGUGGCAGCAAACCAAGCAGCUGUAAUCAGUGCAGCCAAGAACGCCAGUGCCGCUGCUGCGGCCGCUGCCACUGCUGGGGGCAGCCUGUCAAAGACAGCUGUGGCCACCCUGGUCAAAGGUGCUGGCAACUCUGCCACGAUGACAAAGGGUGCUGCAGGUUCAACUGGAGCUGUGGUGACCGUUGCCAAAGGCGCUGCCAGCAUGCCCGUCAUCGGCAUGUCCAAGGGUGCAGGAGUGGGGACUGUGGUGGCCGUGCCCAAAAGCAGCAGCACGUCAUUGGUCACUGCAGCGUCGUUAGUCAGCGGGAUGGCAGCCGGUGGAGGGAAGACUGGUGCAACUCUCUCAGGUAUGCUGAAGAUUCAUUCAGGAGGUUCCAGCUCUCAGCAGACAGUGUUAACCCUCCCUGCCAACCAGCUCAAACAGCUGGGGGUUGGCCCUGGGUCUGGGGGGCUGCAGACCAUACUCAUGCCUGUUGGAAAAGUUUUGUCUAAAGGCACCGUCUCCACCAAUCCCUCCUCCUCCUCUUCCUCUUCCACCCCCACUGGAGCAUCUGGAGCUGGAGCUUCCCCAAGUCCUGCCAUCCAGGCUUCCCCCUCCCUUGCUCUGCCCCUGGCACAAGUGAAGACGGAACCAGUUGCUGGCACAGCUGUCACAGCUGGUCCAUCGCCCCCGGUUACUGCCCCUGUGCCCACUUCUGUCCAUGGUGCCUCUGUAGCUACGACGACCGUCAAGCAGGAACAAGGGGCGGAUAACUCUGCGCAUGACCUCAUCAACACUGAGCACAUCGAGACCAUGAUGCAGCUGCUGACAGCUGUGGUGAAGAAGUUCCCUCUGAUUGUGCCAGAUAAGACUGAAGACUCCCAUCCAUUUUGUGCCUCUUCAAUGGAACAGUAUUAUUCCUGGAAUAUUGGCAAGCGCAGGGCAUCCGAGCUCCAGCGUGCGGUGGCAGUGAAGCGGCUUGUCCAGGACGUGUUGGACCGCUCGCCCCGCCUGCAGGCCCUCACUCCCCCCAAGACCAGAGAGGUGGUGCAGUGGUGUCGGCAGAGGGGCUACACUCCACCCGACCCCGAGCCCCAACGCAAGAACGAUGACGAGUCCAUCGAGGACAUCCUCACGCAGAUAGAUAAUGAGCCUGAGUGCCCGUCAACCUUAAGUAGCUGCGACGAGCUGGUGUUGCGGUUGGAGCAGAUGCAAGCUCUUCUCAAGACUGAACCAGAGGAGGCAGAUGACGAAAUAGUCGACAUCGUCACCGCGAUUCCACCCUGCCAGAAACUAAAGGUCAAAGAAGAGGAGCAGGAAGCUGACGUGGAGCCCAAGUUCUUCCUGGGCCCCUGCUUGUCUGCCCAGUUUGUCAGUGAUGCAGCUCAGCAGAUCGGGGUAACCUUCCAGCCAGUCGAGGUGGAGAAGAAUGUGUUCGCUCCAGUAGUCGAAGAAAUGAUUCUGAAGGCGACAGAGCAGUUUGCCAGUGACAUCCUGAGAGAAGCUCUGGCUGGGGCCUUCGCCAAAUCCCCUCAGAACAGGGCUCCUAGAGAGAUCACAGCCAUGAACAUCCACCAGGCAGUCAGUAGCAUCCCCACCAGUGACUUCCUCACCAACACACACAUGGGUUACCUAGCGAAGGACAACUGAGGACAACGAGACGGACACCGACACUGGCUGGUAAAUAGACACCUGAAGAGAUGUGAGGACUGUGCGAGCUGCUGGUUCUGACCGAGGCUCUACACUUUGAGCCGACAGCUCCACUGUGAACAUUCGCACCUGGAUGUGAUCCUGUUGCCUCAGGUCGUGCAGUAACAACUGAUGUACUGUAUUCGUUAACUCGAUCAUAAAAGGGCUAAGCUUGCUUCUCACAGCAGCAGAAUAACAAAUCUUUCUAAUACUCUGGGUAUAUUGUAACGUUUUAGUCCGAAUGUGUCGAGAGACGCUGCGUUGUGGGAAUGGUGUCAUUUGCGGCGCUCUUGCUUACUUCAUAUCAUGAUUAUUUUAAUGCUGAUUCCAGCCAGACAGGCAGCCAGUCAUUGCAGGGAAAUGAAGCCUGAGGGAGUAAAUAACACCAGACAGCUGACCCCUUCCUCACUCUUCACCCCGCCGUCACGUCCCCUGAACUGGGAUCAGGAUUAAUUUUAACCAGCAGUCGUGAGCCACAGAUUUACAGCAUGUUUGAAACACUAGUGAACAUCAGAGCGUCAGCACUGUCUCGUAGCAAAGCAAACGAGAGAUCCUUCCAAAAGCGUCGUUGCUGUGGUAACUGAUUAUUUAUCAAUACGGAACAUCUUUCAAUGUAUUUCAGUGUUACCUGGCUGGGGUACACACAAACACAAUAAUAAUACUGACACACCGCGAGAUGCGGUCUGACUGAUGGUCUUCAGAAGAGAUUCACGUUUCAUAUUUUUAGGAUGCAGAUCGAAUGUCGAGAUCAGGUAAUAUUCUAUUCUACAAAUCAUUGUGUCAUCAUGAAUUGGAGACAACAGUAACUAUCUUCUCUCAUUACCAGCUUUCAUAGUCUGUCCAAGUGCUUUUAAGUGUUCAGUUAAGCAACCAUAAUGUAUCUGUCAUGUCAAGUACAGUGUACAGUAUGUGACCAAUAAGAAAUAGAUGUUUUCAAAUCCUGUUUUAUUUUUGUAUUUAAUAUCAACACGUGCAAACAGCAUUGCCCUAACUCCGUGUGCGUGUGUUGUUAUUACUAAUGUUGUGGGGACCAAAAUCUGUUUACACAGUCACAUUGUGGGGAUUUUGUUUUCCGUAUGAGGACAAAAAGCAAAUCCCUCAAACAUAAAUCAUUAGAUUUUUUUAAGGUGAAGACAUGUUUUAAUGUUAGUUUUAGGUUAAGGUUAUGGCAAGGGUUGGGGAUAGGAAGGUAGUAGUUACUGUACAGGUAGGUCUCCACAGAAUGAAUGUAAGUCAAUGUAAUGUCUUCUGAUGUCAUGUAAACUUGACUCUGUGUGUGUGAGUGAGAAAUUGACGGUAAAUCGAGUGCUCGUGUGUGUGUGUUUCGUUGGCUGAUGAUCUGCUGGUAAUUCCGUUUAAUGUGGAGCUUUGCAUUUGGUUAAUGUGUUUGGGCUGAGUGGUUGUGAUGCCUGUUAAACCACAUUAGUGUAGAAGAUAAUCCAAACACUGUAUUGUCACGUUUCGGUGCAAACCAAAAAUUUAAUCAAUAUUCUUGUAAUAAACAGAGAUAAACUAUG